AUGGCUAACACUACCGUCCGUGGUGCUCUUGCCAUCCACGGCCAAAAUCCGCAGUAUUUGGUCGAAACCGUGAUCCGGAACCGUAUCUACGAGUCCCAAUUCUGGAAGGAGCACUGCUUUGCUUUGACUGCUGAGACGCUCAUCGACAAGGCCAUCGAGGUCCGCUACAUCGGCGGUGUAUACGGAAACCAACGGCCGACGGAGUUCAUCUGCUUGCUCCUCAAACUGCUGCAAAUCCAGCCGGAGAAGGAGAUUCUAAUAGAGUACCUGCAAGCCGACGAGUUCAAAUAUCUACGGGCGCUAGCCGCGCUAUAUAUACGAAUGACCUUCAGCCCGGUGGACGUCUACGAGCUUCUGGAACCCCUACUAAAAGAUUAUCGAAAACUACGAUUACGAGAUAUGUCUGGAUACCAGCUCACAUUCAUAGACGAAUUCGUCGAUCAACUACUCUCCGAAGAACGCGUCUGCGACAUCAUCCUCCCGCGAAUACAAAAGCGUCAAAUACUGGAGGAGAACGGGGAGAUUGGUCCGCGAAAGAGCAGACUGCUGGAUGCUAUGGAGGGCAGGGAGGAAGAGGCGCGGAGCGACCGGACGAGCCGCUCGCGCUCGCGAAGCGGGACUCCAGCCAGUCGACCACGCAGUCGUGCUGGCAGCGCUAUGAGCGUGGACAGCGGCGCGAGGCGCUCACCUUCUCCCUCUGGCUCUGGCUACAAAUCACGUACGCCGUCGAGGUCACCGUCACCCGCUGGCUCACGCUACGUCUCGCGGAGUCCCUCUCGGUCAAAAUCGCCAGCCGAAUGA